AAUCUCCCUUUCUCUGCAAACGAAUGUGUAGAAUUCUUUCGUCUCCCUUGAAAUCAAACUCAAACUGGUCAUCGAUCAAAAAUCAUCUUAACCUAUAAAUACGUCCACAGAUCACACCCCCCAAAAAAUAAUCAUAAUAACACAAACAUCAACAACCAAAAAGAGGAAAAAGUUAACCCACAUUAAUUUAAGCAGCAGCUUCUUGGAGCUCUAGGUUGUGACCAUGCAGCGUUUGCCAGCCAAGACCAUGUGCCGUCAAGUUCUUCUCCGGCACCGGCCCCAAAUCCAGGAGGUGAGACAGCCCUGCGACGUCUUCAUCAGCCACCGGAGUAUCGACACGAAACGAACCGUGGCCGGGUUGCUUUACGAUCAUUUGAGAAGCAAUCUAGGGCUGCGUCCUUUCUUGGACAGCAAGAACAUGAAGCCCGGCGACAAGCUAUUCGAUACUAUUGACCCGGCGAUACGAGACUGCAAAGUCGGUAUCGCCGUGUUCUCGCCACGGUACUGCCACUCCUACUUCUGCCUCCAUGAACUGGCUCUUCUCAUGGAUUCCAAGAAGAGGGUCAUUCCGGUUUUUUGCGACGUAAAACCCUCGGAACUUAGGGUUAGGGAUGACGGCAGCUGCCCCAAGAAGGAGCUCCAGAGGUUUAGCUGGGCUCUGGAGGAGGCAAAGUACACCGUCGGACUAACAUUUGACACGUGUAAGGGGGACUGGGCGGAAUUCCUACGGAGCGCCUCGGAUGCCCUUCUGAAGAACUUGGUUGAGGUCGAAGGCGAUCGACUUGACUGCAGACUGCACAAAAGGCUAAACUAGAUUCAUUGUCCCUCCAGUUUUAAAUGGGUACUUCAACAGUUUCAUGACCAAAUAAUCUUGAUUUAUUAAUUUUUUCCUGAAUCAUAAAAAUUGUUUUAUAUAUAUAUAUAUAUAUAUAUAUAUAUAUAUAUAUAUAUAUAUUCAGUCAUUCUUUUUGUAUAGGAGAUGUCAAGAAAGAGGUACUCACUAACUUAAUUGUAUUGACCCAGAGCCUAUAAUUAAGUCGUCUCCGGUGUCGUCAAUAAGAGUGUAAUUAAUUAAGAGUCCUCUUCUCUUCUUCCCAUCCUCAUUGUAUUCAAUAAUGUACGUGCAGAGGAUUAAUCUUUUUCCUUCUUGUAAUUUACAAUGCGCAGAUGAUUUAAUAACAUUUCCAAGAAUUUAUGUU